ACUGAUGGAUCCCGAACAACGCCGGAUUAUUGAACAACGGUACAUUGACUAUAAACGAUCCAUCACCAAGAUCGGUUUUGAAGCAGCUCAUGUACAAUACGCGGAUCUAGCCAAGAGCUUGCCCAGUGGUUGGCUGUUCGAACUUUUGCUCGAGUUCCAUUGGAUCCAAUAUACCGUCUUUACUUUCCAUCGUCAACCGGAUCUGGCGAACAAAACCAUUCGCGGCCACGUACGACAAUUAGCCAACGAUGCAUUUGUCAUUGAUGAAUCGCAACAAGUCGCAGCCGCGUUGGACUGGUUCGAUCGAUUAGAAAAUACAGCGCUCAAUACGUUGGGUGAGCGUUACGGAUCGCUGUCGAAUGUCAUUGAAGGCUUUGUUCACCUUUCCACGCGAACAAGUCUGAUACGAUGUCUUUGUCGAUCGAACCCACUUGCAUUUCCACAAAUUCUGAACUACUUACUGCAAAGCGCGCAUCGUUUAAAUUCGCGUUAUCUGAUACAAUUAAGCGAAAUGAUUCAUGUUAUGAUUGAAGAGGAUCCCGGAUAUGCUGCCACUGUUCGGUUCAAGUUGAUAGAGAUGCAGUUGUUACCGGACCUGGUCACACGACUUACCGUUGUUUACUGUCAGGAUGAGGUCGAUUUCCUCAAUGGAAUUUUUCAUAGAAAUUCCUUCUGGUUCAUUGCGCAGUCGACCAACAGUGGACAACACCUGCUCAAGAUUAAAACCAAGAUCUUUGCUGAAAUAGAAGCAUGCUCGAGCACCCAACAACAAGUACAACUAGCCUCGGCGAUCCGAGCUUUAACAGGCUUAGUGGGCUACUUUAGUAUCAAGCUCACCGAGACCGAAGUAUCUCGAUGCCUAGGUAUUUUACGUGAAACACAAACGGAAAGACUAGUCAAGCUACUGCUGAGUCUCGUUCUCAUUUCCGCCGAACAAAUAUUGAGGCGUCAGCAACGCGAGUUGACUAUCGUGUUGAAAGAUAUUUUUAAAUCGGGUGUAUCGGAUAUGCCGUUGCUCUUGCUGGUGUAUUUCCAAACCGAUCAGAUCCAGCAGAUCGAAGACAUGGUUCGAUCCAUACUUGGCAUGCAGGUCCCCAUUCCAAAGUUGGGCCUCUUUGAGAUGCAAAAACUGCUAAGGUCUUUGCAAAAUACCGUAUUAUCAUCCUAAAGCCAUUCAUCAUUUCUGCAUCCCACCAUUUUUGGCUUAAUUCCCUAUAAAGAAAAGCAAUCCCUUUAUUUCAUGACAGCAGCAGUGCGGCUUUUUCACAGUGCUUCACUGCUGUUUAGAUUGGCGUGUCAUCAUUAUUUUGUUCUCUUACUUGUCUUUCCCCCUUCUCCCCCAACUAACCAGCCAAUAAAAAAGCGUGGUAAUCUCCCCCUGUUUAUUCACACA